UCACGUUUGUUAAUUCAUCCUCCUCCACCAGUAGUAUAUAUGUACACUUCAUUCAGUUCUGAAUUUUGUGAACUUUGUUUAUCUUCAAGAACACAAUAAUUCAAGUAAUCAUUUCUUCUCUCAGAAAAAAAAAAUCAAUCCUUGCCAUGGCCAAGGCUUCAGCAGAAGUUGAACAGCUUCAUUUCCUCCUAAUUCCUCUCAUGUCACAAAGCCAUAUCAUUCCCUUGACUGAUUUCGCCAAGCUAUUAGCAAGGCAAGGCCCUGUAGUUUCAAUCAUUACCACCCCACUGAAUGCUAUAAGGUACAAAUCCAUCGUUGAUCAUGCUUCCAGAUCCAAUCUCAAAAUCCAAUUGAUUCCCAUCGAAUUCCCGGGUAAAGAAUGUGGGUUACCCGAAGGAUGCGAGAAUAUGGAUGCUCUGCCUUCACCAAAUUUAGCCCGGCAUUUCUUUGACGCAUGUUCUCUGCUACAAGACCCGAUUGAAAUUCUUGCCAAAAAAUUGGUACCAAAACCGAGUUGUAUUGUUUCCACUAGUGCUCUGCCGUGGACACAAUCACUUGCCCAGAAUUUAUCCAUCCCGAGGUAUGUUUUCCACACAGUGUCCUGUUUCACUCUGCUCUGUUCUGACAUUUUAUCCAAGACUAAGGUUCACGAGGAAGUCAGUUCGGAUUCGGACACGUUUUUUCUACCGGACACUCCACACAGAAUCGAAUUCACAAAAUCCCAGUUGCCGGAAUCGAUGAGGAAGAAUUCAGACGACUUGAAAUCCGUCCUCGAACAUAUGAAACAGGUUGAAAGUCAAGCCAGAGGAUAUUUGAUCAAUAGUUUCGAGGAACUCGAUCCAUGGUACGUGGAACACCACAAAAAAAUCUACAAAAACUUUUGGUGCAUUGGUCCUGUUUGUUUGAGCCACAGAGAGAUGGAAGAGAAGAUUGGAAGGGGUAACAAAACUGCAGUAGAUGAGAAUUACUGCCUUAAAUGGCUUGAUUCUAAAGAACCCAGAUCCGUUAUUUACACUUGUUUCGGAAGCCUUUGUCGUUUAACACCGACCCAAUUGAAAGAAAUCGGCCGGGGAUUAGAAGCCUCAAAUCGACCGUUUAUUUGGAUUAUCAGAGAUUCAGAUUACUCCCGAGAAGUGGACAAAUGGUUGAAAGAAGAUAAAUAUGAGGAAAGGAUUAAAGGAAUCGUCAUCAAAGGGUGGGCACCGCAGGUAUUAAUCUUGUCCCAUUCUGCAAUUGGAGGAUUCUUGACUCACUGUGGAUGGAAUUCUACCAUGGAAGGGAUUUGUGCUGGGGUGCCAAUGAUCACUUGGCCUAUGUUUGCGGAGCAGUUUUACAAUGAGAAAUUUGUGGUGAAUGUUCUGAGGAUUGGGGUGAGGGUUGGAGUGAAAGAGGGAAUGAAAUUUGGGGAAGAAGAAAAUAAGGAUUAUUUGGUGAAGGGUGAGAAGAUUGCAGCUGCCGUUAAUGAGUUGAUGGAUGACGGUGAAGAAGGUGAAGCCAUAAGAAAGACGGCGAGGGAACUGAGUGAGAAGGCGAAAAGGGCAAUUGAAGAAGGCGGUUCUUCGUACGUUAAUACAACCUUGUUGAUUCAGGAUGUGUUGCAGCAAAAAGGGCAAUUGAAAGUCAACUGUUUUUCCGUUGGACUGGAGUACUGAUUUUUUCUUUUAAUAGUAGUAGUAUAAUGUACUGAUGAUACUUUUGCCCCCACCAUCUUCUGUUUGUUUGCUUCUUCUUCUUACUUCAGCAGAGUAUUUUGAUUUGUUCUAGUUUUCAUAUAAUACAUAUUUUUAAUUGACAAAAGAAUAUUAAAAUUAUAUUUUUA